CCCUGAAUAACGUAAUGAAAACAGUUGACGUUUGCUCGUGUUCGUGUUUACUUCGUUAGUGCAAAGGGGUACGCAUAUCGUUUGACAUAAAUAUUAUUAUUUUUUUUUAAUUAAUUAAAAUUAAACAUAAUUAUAAACAACAACAAAUAUAAUAAGAAUAAAAUAAAGGCCUUUUAUAGUAAAGAAACAAGUGAAGUGCUUAAAACAAGGAAAAAAUAUUUGUGUACAAAAAUAAGAGAAUAUCUGAAAAGAAAUAUUAGAAAAUACCUACAACAAAAAUAAUAAAAGAAAAUGUAAAAAAAUUAUUGUAUAUAAAUGGUAUUUAGGGCAUACAAAAUUAAUGCAAAAGAAAAUAAAUUUCAAACAUAAUGGCAACAAGAAAGUUUUCAUAAAUAUUAAAAUAAAAGUGAUACCUAUAAAAAAGCUGAAAUAACAAACAAAUGUUUAUAAAUAAAUAAAAAAAAUUACCUAAAAUUAAAAUCUUAAAAAAUCAAGACCACAAGUGGUUUCAUUAAGAACAUUUAGUGUGAGUGUAUGUUUUUAAACUACAACAAAAGUUAUAAAUAAUUUUUUACAAAAAAAAAGAAGUGUUCUUUUGUUUAAGAAAACUUCAUUACAUAGGUAUUUUGUUUUUAUACCAACAACAAAAUUAUUAAGGAGAAAAGAAGUUCAAGGGUUUCUCUUUUAUGCAGUGCAUCACUAAUUAAUAAAGAGUAGUUCACACACAGCAACAGCUACAAAGUGUUUGGUUUGGUUUGGCGAUGUCGUCGGUUCAUGCAAGAUGGCGUUUUUGAAAAGCAAACAUCUGCGAUAACUGCUAUUAAAUGUCAGUUAUCAUUGUCAUUAAUCGUUAACAACUUAUUGAGUAUUUUAGAAUAGAGUGUGUUGAACUAAGGAAAAACGAAAAAAGAAAUUAACAAAGAAAAGAAAACUGUGAUUUUAUUUUUGUGAAACUAAUGGUGUCUUGUGAAAAUGCCUUCUGCGAAUACCGAAGAGUUGAGGCGAAAGUUUACAGUUGUACAACAGCAGAGAUCGGCUCCGCCAGGCUUUACGGGGACGACAACGCCGACUGUGAAUGCGGCCGCAGUUUACGAUCCCCUAAAUGCCUCUGCCAUACCACUAAGCAAUACAGCGACGGGUCUGUUGAGCUUACAGGAGCCCGAACGGACCUAUGUGUUUCCGGGCCCCGGUGGUGUUGGUGGAAACGUUAUCGGUAGUACGGCCACCGGUGGUAUACCCGGUGUAGCUUUUAUAAAUCCCAAUCCACAUUCGUUAAUGGUGGCGGGGUCAGGACGAGGCCACUCACGUUCUGUCAGUCAUGGUGGUGGCGCUAUAUUGGGCCCUAGCGGCCGUCCCAUCAAAUCGGCCAUGAAAGGCCAUCAACGGGCCUUUUCCCAAGGUCAGAUCACCGAUUCUCCCGGAGCAUCUGCCACGCCUCGUGGCCAUAGUCGUGUGGGCUCUAAAACCGAUUUCAUUUUACCUCCCGGCCACAAAGAAGAAAACGAAACCCGCGAAUUUGGCCCCUCGGCACCCUCCUCUGCCGCUGGCCGUGGCCAUUCACGUCAGGCCUCUCGCUCCGAAUCGAUUUACACACUGCGUCGUUCGGAGGCGCCGCCAUGGUGGAAACGUGUCGGCAUUUGUCGUACAGAGAAUCUGGAAGAGCGUCCCUAUCGCGUUGUAGUGCCAAAUCAUACCGUACCCCCGAAAACGCCCAAACGUGAUCAUCCCAAUGGUCAUUUUGUGGGCAAUAAAAUACGCACUACCAAAUACACGCUGCUGUCAUUUAUACCGAAAAAUCUUUUAGAACAAUUCCAUCGGGUGGCAAAUUUGUAUUUUAUUUUUAUCGUUUUACUCAAUUGGUUUCCGGCGAUAAAUGCGUUCGGCAAAGAGGUGGCCAUGAUACCGGUGUUAUUUGUGUUGGGUGUGACGGCGGUUAAGGAUUUGUUCGAGGAUCGCCGUAGACGGUGUUCGGACAAGAGGAUUAACAAUUCGACGUGUCGCGUUUAUGAUGGCAAUCUGAAAGUUUUAAUACACGAAACCGAACGUUACAAAAGAGUGAAAUGGCAAGAUAUACGUGUUGGUGAUAUUGUACAUUUAUCAAAUAAUGAAACCGUACCUGCAGACAUACUGCUAUUACGUACCAGUGACUCCCAUGGGGUCUGUUAUAUUGACACUUGUGAUUUAGAUGGUGAAACAAAUCUCAAACGAAGAGAGGUGGUGCGUGGUUUCACCGAUAAACAAAAUAUAUUUACACCCAGUAAAUUUGUAAGUCGAGUGGAGGCUGAUGCGCCUACCACAAAAUUAUAUCGUUUCCAUGGGGCCUUAAUACAUCCCUCGGGGGAAAGAGUACCAAUAUCAACAGAAUGUUUACUAUUAAGAGAAAGUAGACUUAAGAAUACCGAUUUCAUUGAGGGUAUUGUAGUAUAUGCCGGACAUGAAACAAAAGCUAUGUUAAAUAAUAGUGGACCACGUUAUAAACGUUCCCAGGUGGAACAACAAAUGAACAUUGAUGUUAUAUGGUGUGUAAUUAUAUUGUUAAUUUUAUGUGUUGUUGGUGCUGUUGGUUGCAAAAUGUGGCUUAGCUCUUUUGAGCAAUUCCCUGUACCUUAUUUACCCUUCGAAGUCGAUCCCAGUUACGAGGGUCUUCUCAUCUUCUGGACCUACAUUAUAAUCCUACAAGUUAUGAUACCACUCUCAUUGUAUGUUACAAUCGAGCUGUGCAAGAUAUUACAAGUUUUCCAUAUACACAAUAAUGUCGAUCUCUUCGAUCGCGAUACCAAUAAACAAACCGAAUGUCGUGCUAUGAACAUUACCGAAGAGUUGGGCCAAAUUCAACAUAUAUUUUCGGAUAAAACUGGCACACUAACGGAGAAUAAAAUGUUAUUUCGUCGCUGUGUGGUGAAUGGCAUCGAUUAUAAUCAUCCGCCUUCGGAAUUGGAAAAGGCCUACUCGAAGCCGGGCUCACCGGCUCCACCUUUGGUGGCGAAUGCUACCCUCAUCAGUGAUAUGGCGAUUUUAAGUUCUUCGGGUAUUUUCCUGUCGCAAAACUCGCAGCGAAUACAAGAGUUUUUAGUGGUUUUGGCGAUUUGCAAUACAGUGAUUGUGAGUGCGGCGCCACAUCGUGAUCUAAUGAAUGCCAGUGGCAUUAUUGAGGUGCAAAGUAAUAAUACCUCAUUGGUGGGAGAUUCAUCGGUGACGCUGAAAGGUGUAAAACCCUCAGCUGGCCAAAAUGACUUAUCCUCAUCGCCAGCCCCCUCUCUUAGCAAUAAUAAAUUGGCAUCGGCCAUACCGGCCGAUCGUUACAUACGCUUAGCUGAAUCACGCUCUGUGACACCAUCACCGCCACCAAAUUUAGCAUUUAACAUUCCUACACAAUCGCACAUACCAUCUCUGUCACCCAUCAGUAGUUCAGCCGAAUCGACACCCACCUCAGAGUCACCGCCAAUGAAAUUGAAAUCAAUAUCACACGCCAUCUCGCCCACAGGACGUGCUAAGGCGGCUAUAAACUCAAAGAUUAAUAGUAUUACAACGUUUCUAAAUGCCAAGACACAAAACAAACGACUGGCCAAUAAAUUACAACAACAAAAAAAUAAUCCCACAUAUCAAACACCAGAUGGUCGUCCUCUAUAUGAAGCCGAAAGUCCCGAUGAAUUGGCUUUGGUUAAUGCCGCUUACAGUUACGAAUGUUGCCUUAUAAAUCGCAGUCCAAAUCAUAUUUUGGUCAGUGUGCCCAACAAGGGUUUGGCGGAGUAUGAAGUUUUGAAAAUUCUUCCCUUCGAUUCCAGCCGCAAAUGCAUGUCUAUUGUGGUCAGGCGUACGGGUACACAAGAAAUUAUUUUAUACACAAAAGGUGCUGAUAGUACCAUAAUGCCAGUGCUGGCGCCCUGUUCCCCCAACUCAGCGGAAGGCCUGAUACGUGAAAAAACCCAACAGCAGUUGGAUCGUUAUGCUCGUGAGGGUUUACGUAUUUUAGUAAUGGCCAAGCGCAAUCUAAAUGCCGCCGAAUACACAGAUUGGUGGGCGAGGCAUCAGGAAAUUGAAAUGUCUAAUGAAAAUCGUGAGAGACGUUUGAGGGAUUCGUUUGCCAAAUUGGAAAGUAAUUUAGUUUUAUUGGGUGCCACUGGCAUAGAAGAUCGUUUGCAGGAAGGUGUGCCCGAGACCAUACAAUCCCUAAUGGCUGCUGGUAUAUCGAUAUGGGUGCUGACUGGCGAUAAGCCAGAGACCGCCAUUAAUAUUGCCUAUUCGGCGAAAUUAUUUACACAACAAAUGGAAUUGAUUAGAUUAACUGCCCGUUCUAGAGAUGCUGCCGAAUCUGCCAUUAAUUUUUAUUUAAACGAAAUAGAUGCUGCCAAAGUAACAUCAUUUGAAGGUAGUCCUCGUAUAAAACCACGAGCUUUAGUGGUGGAUGGUAAAACUUUAACAUUCAUAUUGGAUUUAAGAUCAAAAUUGAUACGUCCGUUUUUAAAAUUGGCCAAAGGCUGUGCUUCAGUGCUGUGUUGUCGUUCUACCCCUUUGCAAAAAGCUUAUCUUGUUAAAAUAGUCAAAGAGGAAUUACGCCUGUGUACAUUGGCCAUUGGAGAUGGUGCCAAUGAUGUGUCUAUGAUACAGAUGGCAGAUGUAGGUGUUGGCAUUUCCGGCCAAGAGGGUACUCAGGCUGUAAUGGCGGCCGAUUUCACUGUGGCCCGUUUCCGCUAUCUGGAACGUUUGCUUUUAACGCAUGGCUAUUGGUGUUAUGAUCGUUUAUCCCGUAUGAUUUUAUAUUUCUUUUAUAAAAACGCUGCCUUUGUUUUCCUAAUAUUUUGGUAUCAAUUAUAUUGCGGAUUUUCUGGUUCCGUAAUGAUGGAUCAAAUGUAUUUAAUGUUGUAUAAUUUAAUAUUUACCUCGCUGCCUCCAUUAGCCAUUGGUGUCUACGAUAAACGUGUGCCAGAGGAUUUACUAUUGAAAAAUCCAUAUCUUUAUAAAAAUGGUCGCUUGGGUUUAGGUUAUAAACCUCACGAUUUUUGGAUAAUAUUAUUAGAUUCCCUGUAUCAAAGUCUGGUGGUAUUUUUUAUAGCUUUAUGUGCCUAUGCAGGAUCAGAAGUUGGUAUAUGGGAAUUUGGUGCCACCAUAACGGCUUCCUGUUUAUUUACGAAUUUAUUACAUGGUGUUAUAGAAAUACGUUCUUGGACAAUACUACAUGUGCUUUCAAUGGUUUUAAGUUUGGGUUCAUUUUAUUUAUUUUCAAUUGUUUACAAUUCCAUGUGCGUCAAUUGCUUUGGCCUUCCUUCGAGUUAUUGGGUGAUAUUUCGUUGUUUUGCUUCCGCCAUACAUUGGCUGGUGAUUGUUUUAUCUGCCGUUGUAGCCAUUUUACCACGUUUGCUAUUUACUGUCUUAAAAACCACCCUAUUCCCAGAUGACAGCACCAAAGUUUUAUUGAAUAGUAAGCGAGAACGCAGUAGAGAAUCACCGAUUAUGGGUCUAAGAAUCAGAUUAUAACAUCAAUUACCUGAUUAUUACUUAAGAUCUUAUAAAUUUAAUUCUAAUUAAAUUUUAAA